ACAACCACCUGGCUCAAGGAGGAGACUCUAAGGAGGGCAUCCUUUCUCGUGAAGCAUCAGCACCCGACCCGCGACGAGCGGAAGGCCACGCAGGGUCUCCGGCUGGAUCAACCGCCUACCGGUCAGCUCGCGAAUGCCCCCGGGGGCCACGCCUGCCGCCCCGGCCAGGCCUUUACCCACAAGCCCCCGCGCUGGGCGCGCACGCGCAGAGGCGGCGGCCGUCUCAGGAAGAGGAAAAUGGAAUAAACAACUCGGAGGAACCGGAGCGCACGACGGCGAGCGGAGGCAGAGUUUUAAAAACAAGCCGGCUCCCUCCGCCGUGCCGUCCCCCUCCAGCCGCCGGCCGCCGCCGCUUUCUGGCUCCCCCACAGCCUCGGGCGCGCGCCAGCUGCGGCGCGUCCCGCGCGGCCCCUUUAAGGACAGCGGAGAGGGAGAAUCCUCACUCGCCGCCCGCCCCUCCCCCUCCCCGGGCGGCUCCGGCUCCCUCAGCGGGCCCAACCCGCCCGCCCGGCUUCCAUCCGGCUCCGGCGGCGGCUCCUUCCCGCCCUCGUCUAUGGUGGCGGCGGCGGGGAACGAGGCUGCGGCUUGGCCAUGAACAGUGGCGGCGGCCUCCCGCCCCCCUCGGCCGCCGCCUCCCCGUCGUCGUCCUCGCUGGCGGCGGCCGUGGCGGUCGCGGUCGCGGCCUCGUCGGGCGUCGGGGGCGUCCCCGGCGGGCCGGCUGCGGGCGUGAAGCUCAAAUACUGCCGCUACUACGCCAAGGACAAGACGUGCUUCUACGGGGAGGAGUGUCAGUUCCUGCACGAGGACCCGGCCUCCGGCGCGGCCCCGGGGCUCGGCCUCCAUAGCAACAGCGUCCCGCUGGCGCUGGCGGCCGCGUCGGGGGCCGGCUUUCCUCCCGGAGCGCUCCCGGGCGGGGGAGCGGGGCCGCCCGCGGGACCCAAGAAGCCGGAGCUGGGCGUCCCGGGGACGGCGGCAGCGGGCGGCGGACUCGAUGGACCGCGGCUGGCGAUUCCCGGAAUAGACGGAGGUGCUUUAACUGACUCAAGUCUCACAGAUUCCUAUUUCAGCACCAGCUUUAUUGGAGUCAAUGGAUUUGGAAGCCCUGUAGAAACAAAGUAUCCCUUGAUGCAGAGAAUGACUAGUAGUAGCAGCUCCCCAAGCCUUCUAAAUGACAGUGCCAAGCCAUAUGCAGGCCAUGAUCCUUUGACUUCACCUGCUUCAUCCUUGUUUAAUGACUUCGGUGCCCUCAACAUCUCCCAGAGAAGGAAGCCAAGGAAGUGUCGCCUGGGCAUGCUGGAGGAGAGGCUAGUUCCGAUGGGAUCAAAGGCACGAAAAGCAAAGAACCCUAUUGGCUGCCUUGCUGACAGGUGUAAAUCAGGAGUACCCAUCAAUAUGGUUUGGUGGAACAGAGUCACAGAAAACAAUUUACAGACACCAAAUCCUACUGCAAGCGAGUUUAUACCUAAAGGAGGAUCAACCUCCAGGCUGAGUAACGUGUCCCAGUCAAAUAUGUCUGCCUUCUCUCAAGUUCUCUCUCACCCAUCCAUGGGAAGUCCUGCUUCUGCUGGAUUAGCACCAGGAAUGUCACUCUCUGCUGGAUCUUCCCCUCUUCAUUCCCCCAAAAUUACUCCACAUACCUCUCCUGCUCCUAGAAGAAGAAGCCACACUCCAAACCCAGCGAGUUUCAUGGUGCCGCCUAGUGCCUCCACUCCUGCCAAUAACCCUGUUUCUCAGACUCCGUCCUCUGGUCAGGUGAUCCAGAAGGAGACUGUCGGAGGGACGACUUACUUCUAUACAGAUACAACUCCAGCACCUUUGACUGGAAUGGUAUUUCCAAACUAUCAUAUUUAUCCUCCAACUGCACCUCAUGUUGCUUAUAUGCAACCAAAAGCAAAUGCACCUUCCUUCUUCAUGGCUGACGAGCUCCGACAGGAGCUGAUCAACAGACAUUUAAUAACAAUGGCUCAAAUUGAUCAAGCAGACAUGCCAGUCCCCACAGAAGUUGACAGCUACCAUAGCCUCUUCCCUCUAGAACCACUGCCACCCCCCAACCGGAUACAGAAAUCAAGUAAUUUUGGGUAUAUCACAUCUUGCUACAAAGCUGUAAAUAGCAAAGAUGAUCUACCAUAUUGCCUUCGGAGGAUACACGGUUUUCGUCUUGUCAACACAAAGUGCAUGGUGUUGGUUGAUAUGUGGAAAAAAAUUCAACACUCAAAUAUUGUGACUCUGCGUGAAGUGUUUACCACUAAAGCAUUUGCUGAGCCCUCUCUUGUGUUCGCAUAUGAUUUCCAUGCUGGAGGAGAAACUAUGAUGAGCAGACACUUUAAUGACCCUAAUGCAGAUGCCUACUUCACGAAGAGAAAGUGGGGCCAGCAUGAUGGACCACUGCCCAGGCAGCAUGCUGGACUAUUACCAGAGUCUCUCAUUUGGGCAUAUAUUGUCCAGCUGAGUUCUGCUCUGCGUACUAUUCAUACAGCAGGUUUGGCAUGUCGAGUAAUGGAUCCAACCAAGAUUCUGAUAACUGGCAAAACAAGGUUGCGAGUAAAUUGUGUAGGAGUUUUUGAUGUUUUAACAUUUGAUAACAGUCAAAACAAUAAUCCUUUGGCAUUAAUGGCUCAAUACCAGCAAGCAGAUCUGAUAUCAUUAGGAAAAGUUGUGUUGGCUUUGGCUUGCAACUCUUUGGCAGGAAUUCAGCGAGAGAAUUUACAGAAAGCCAUGGAAUUGGUGACAAUCAACUACUCCUCUGACCUGAAGAACCUCAUCUUGUACUUGUUGACUGACCAAAACAGGAUGCGGAGUGUAAAUGACAUCAUGCCUAUGAUUGGUGCUCGGUUUUAUACUCAACUGGAUGCUGCUCAAAUGAGAAAUGAUGUCAUCGAGGAAGACCUUGCUAAGGAGGUUCAAAAUGGAAGACUAUUUAGACUUCUAGCAAAAUUGGGAACAAUCAACGAGAGGCCAGAGUUUCAAAAGGACCCAACUUGGUCAGAGACUGGAGACCGCUAUCUGUUGAAACUCUUUAGGGAUCAUCUUUUUCAUCAGGUCACAGAAGCAGGUGCUCCCUGGAUUGACCUCAGUCACAUCAUUUCCUGUCUUAAUAAGCUAGAUGCGGGUGUGCCAGAAAAAAUAAGCCUGAUUUCCAGGGAUGAGAAGAGUGUUCUGGUGGUGACGUACAGUGACCUGAAACGCUGUUUUGAAAAUACCUUUCAAGAACUGAUUGCGGCUGCAAAUGGUCAAUUGUAGUACUUACUAAAAUGUCCACAGGGCAUGGUGAAGGCCCAAGCCUACAGCCAGUUGCACUAUGGUGAACGGUCCUUCGUCUCCUGCCAGCAGGAGAAUGAGCAGGAAGGAGUGAAGCUUCUCGCACUUGGGUCAGGUGCACUGUUACUUGAGAGGAAGAAUGUCUCACUUUCUACGUACUCUGGCUGCCACAGGCCUCUGAAGAGUUAUGUCAGAUCAAGGUCACCGUUUGGUGAAUGAUGCUCCUGCUUCUGUUUUUCCACUUGUGUAUGCACUAAUUUUAAUUUUUUAAAGACUUUUUUUUUUCUGAUCUUUGACCUCUUGCCACAUUGUAUACUUAUUAAGGGAACUAUUUGCAAGGACAUUGGGAAACAAAAAGAGGCAGCUUUUUGCCACUGAGAGAUGCAGAAUUUGCUUUUGGGGGAUGGGCCAACUCAGUAGUUCAUAGAAGUACAGAGUAGUGAAUAGUCCUUAUGAGUAUCGUAUGCAAACUCUGCGUGCCACCUACCUUAGCUCAAAUUGAAGCUUCUGUUGUGUUUAAGAACACACAAAGAGAAAUAUCAGUGAGUUGUCAGAUAUGAAUUUUCCUUUAUUUGUUAAUUUAAAUCCUUUUCCAGGUAAUAAUUGAACGGUAGCUGAAGGAGCAGGCCCUGCUCUUCUCCAGGUUCAUCCAGAGCCACCUUCAAAGAGCCUGCCAGUCAGAUACACUUACAUUGAUGCAAUUUUUAAUAACAAAAAAGAAAUUGUGUUGAAGGCCUAAAGUUAAGGAGUUAUAUUACUUUAGGGUCUUUCCAGUUUGCUUUUUUUGCCUUUGUACUACAGCUUUAUAAUGGUACUUUACACUGGAUACAGACUCAGAGACUGUUGAGAAGGUGAACUGAGCACAGCAGUCAGUGGUCUGAUCUCUGCAGUCCGACCCUGGAGGGGCACUUCUCUGCUGUGCCUUUGCACUCACUGCUUAACCCAAAGGAACAGGACUUUUGAUAAAACUCACUCUGCAGGAUCAUCCUGAGAAGCCCAUCUUACAAGUUUGCAAUUUUCCUCCUUGAAACUUUGUUACUAUUUGGACAUACAGUUGUCGCCAAACUUGAGUAUUCAUGGGAUUUGUGGUCACUUCGAUAUUGAAGACUGCCAAAUACAUAGGGAUUUUCUCCUAAGGCCGCCUUGAAGACUUCAUCUCCUUCCCAGCACUGAGUGUUCAAUUUGCUCUAGGUGUGCAGCAGGAAGAAAAUGUGGAGGAGACUCAGAAGGUCAGGACAGACUCCAAGCACUUGCAGCUGAUGUUACUGUCUUCAUUUUUUAACAAGCAUACAUAUUUGUAUAUUUCAGAGAAGUUUUUAACAUUUCUCUGUCCACUUUUUAUAAGCUUUAAAUGAUUUCUCUCUGCCUUGAGAUUUGCAUCAAGAAAAAGCACCUCUCUUCACUGCAAGCUUUGGAGACUAGAGACACACUUCACAUGUUAACAAGCACGUCUGCAUCCACGAGUGGUCGCAUCAGUUGUUAACGAGAAAAUCAAUUAUUGCAUUUGAUCUGGAUGGAUUUUUAAAGAACAUAAUGUUCAAUAUUCAAAGGAUAAUGAGCAUUUGCCACCAUGAUGUUCCUUUUGUUUAAAAGGAACAAGAACUUUCGAUGUAACACACAAGAGUCUUUAUCAUUAGCUCAUGUAUUUGAGGAAGAGCAGCUGUCUUUUUAUAUGUUUUUUGACAAAUCAUAUUGUAAUUCUUUUGUACAAAAAAGAACUACUUGUAUUCUAGAAGAAAUAUGAAAUGCUUAAUUUAUAAGCGGGCUGGAGAUUUUUUCCAAUAUUGUUUUCUUUGAAAAUGAAAGGGGAUCAUCUAUUUUAGUUUUGGGGGCCUGGGAACUUUUUGAAAAUUUUUAUUUGUGGACCAAUGUUAUGUGAAUGCUAAAGAAGGGCAGGGGUAAAUUAGGGCUUGAAUCUCUCGUUCCGCAUAGACCAGCAAACUUCCCCUCUGCGAGGCAGGUUCACAUCACAAACCCAAGAGUCUGCAUCGGAAACGCUAGUCCGCUUCAGCCCCUAGUAACCUCAGGGCUUGGUUUGGGUAGUAAAGAUAGUCAGCUGAACGUUUUCAUGAGUAAAUAUUGUCAGCCAGAAAACAGUUGGUGUCGGAUAAAUGCAUAUUUUUUUUAGCUUUGUUUUAUAUUUAUUUUUCAUUUCACUUUUAUUGGGAAUGGUUUUCAAAAGAACUCUUGAGUUCUGCUUUGGUGUUUUUGUGGGGAGAAUUUUUUGUUUUUUAUUUUUUCUUUAAUUUUGGGUUUUUUUUUUUGCAGGGGGUUGGGGUUUUUUUUUUUGUUUUGUUUUGGUUGCUUGGUUGGUUUUUUUGUUUGGUUUUGUUUUUUGUUUUUUUAAAGGGAGCCCUCUUUUUCCACAAUGUAAACCCACUUAGGAGGUUGUCUGAAAGUUAAUAUUUAGUUCAUAGGAAGACUUUAAUAUCUGAGAGUAUUGAAUUAAGGAUGUGAACUCCCCAUAACUUCCUGUUAUGACAGACACAGCACGGAAAGGACAACCCUUGAAAUCAUGUAGUGUCACUUAUUUCAGCUGUCUGUGCCUAUUUUAAAUCCUGUUAGUGUAUUUACUUCAUUGCAGAUACCUUUGAGGGUGCCCUUGUAUUUUGUUUUGACCUUGGUUCUGUCAUUUGGAUAUCAACAUUGUCCCUAAAAAGCACCAGUAUGUUAAGUUCUAACGUCACAAUCCCAGUAUCUGUUGCUCAUCUGUAACCCUAUUUUCAGUCUCUAUGUGUAUAGCAGUAUUUUUUAAUAAAGAA